AGUGUAAAUCAUACAAUGGGAAAUAUGAGUAUAAAUCUCGUAGUCAUUAUUUUAGUCUUUUGUAUUAUAAAUCUGUCGUAUGCUCAGGAUACAGAUUUGGGAGUGAUCGUUUUUGCGAAUGUUUUGUAUAGACAUGGAGAUAGAACUCCUACAAGAUUUUAUGCAAAUGAUCCCUAUGAUAAUGAAAACCUGUGGCCUGUUCCAUAUGGUCAAUUGACAAACCUUGGAAAAGAACAGCAUUUACUACUUGGCCGUUGGAUUCGAAAACGUUAUUCACACCUACUAAGUGACCUGUAUUUUCCAUAUGAAAUUUAUAUCCAAAGUACAAAUCUAGAUCGUACUUUAAUGUCAGCAGAAGCACAUCUUGCUGGCUUAUAUCCACCAGUUGGUAAUCAAAUUUGGUGGGACACUCUGAAAUGGAUCCCUAUUCCAGUACAUACAAUUCCUGAGGAGCUAGAUUAUGUUUUACUAGCUAAAAAGUAUUGUCCUAGAUAUGAUUAUGAGUUGGAACAAGUUCUUAACUCUCCAGAAAUAAAAAAGAUAGAUAAAGAAAAUGAGAAAUUAUAUGCAUAUCUAACAAACAAUGCAGGAAAUAAAAUUUCAUCCCUAAGAUCUGUACAACAACUUUAUGAUACAUUAUUUAUUGAAAAUCUUUAUAAUAAAACUUUGCCAAAAUGGACAAAGUCAGUAUUUCCAGAAAAACUUAAACCUAUUGCUGCAAAAAGUUUUACAAUUAAUGCUCACAACAAAAUACUUCAAAGACUAAAAUCAGGAUCAUUACUUGGAGAAAUGAUAGAUCAUAUGGAAAAAAAGUCAAAAAAUGCCCUAAUGCCAAAUAGGAAAAUAUGGAUGUAUAGUGCUCAUGAUGAUACUCUAGCUAAUAUGUUAAUGACUUUAAAUGUUUUUGAACCACAUUGUCCACCAUAUAUUGCUGUGAUUCUAAUAGAGUUAAGAGUAAAUUUAAAAAAUCAGUAUUUUGUAACGGUUUCUUAUAAAAAUACUAGUGAUGAACCACAGCUCUUAACACUUCCUGGCUGUAUUGCACUAUGCCCUUUGAAUCAAUUUAUUACACUGACAAAAGAUGUUAUACCUGUAAAUUGGGAAAAAGAAUGUGCAGUGGAUUGGGAACAAUUUGGAUAUAAUAUGAAUACAACAGCAGUUAUUGCAAUACUGACAUCCUCCAUACUAAUGUUAGUUUUAUUAGUUUUAUCUAUCAUUGGUUUUAUUUAUUGGCAUUAUAAACGAGAACAUAAUCAGUAUUAUCUGCGACUAACAACAGAUCCUAUAUAA